AUGUCAACUUCCAAUAUUAUUGUGGACACCCUCUACUGCUGCCUCAGCCAGCCUCCAGCAGGGCUUCCCCCAGCAGUUGAGAAGUGGUCCAAGGGCUUGUGGGGCAUCAAGCUGACACUCAAAGGAGAAGGGACUGUGUUGUUUUUGCUUGACAUUUGUGGUGCACAAUCAAGAAAGGGGCCUGGAGAGAGGGUCAGGAGGCAACACAGGAGGCUUGUAGCAGUCUUCACAUUCAAAGACUUUCUUCAUGAAAAGACCACUAGUGUCCGCAGUACAAGGCAAGCCACAGUGGGGGAUCCAUGGAAGAAGAGAGGACAAAAGGAGGGGCUGUUUAAGGAGUUGUUGAGCUUGGGUGCUUUGAGGGCCUGUCAAGGAAAUGAGUUUAGCAUGCCAUUGUUUGUUGAUGUGAAUCCACUCAAGGAAGUAGCAAUUCACACAUCCACAAAAGCACGGAACACAUGA